CAGGGCACGAGAGCCAAUAUGUAUCGGACCUCCCCCUUCAGAAACUGUGAUGGCGCGGCUGUUGGCUCGUCUACGUUUCGUUCGAUUUCCAUUGUCGCAUAGGCCUGAAUUUUCGCCCGGUCUAGCAAGCGUGCACCGUGGCGGAAGAACCAGUGCAGGACAUCUUAAUCCUAUCCUACAAGUAUCACGAUCCUACGCUCGUGAGCGAACACAUUAUAACUUGUUCGGUAAUAGAAGGCCUGGCGAUGAAGAAUUCAGAAAAGCUUGGGCAGAAGAGAUGGAUGAGGAUGACUGUUUAUGGACUGCGAGCGAGGAUGAUGAAGAAGAUAAUGAGAAGGACAGCAGAAAUUUGGAAAGGGCAAUUAAGAAGAUAAGGAAGCAGGCAAAGGAGAACUCGGACCUCAUCGAUGGUGAUGAGAGCGAUGAGCUGAGAAGUUUGUGUUCGGAAAGUGAUGAAGAGGUUGCCCUGUGGAGUGGCAGUGAGGAUGACGACGAUGAUGAUAUUCCUACUGAGUCACACUCGAAUGAACGUAGUGAUAAACACAUAGACAAAUUGUUUGAGUUUGAGGAGACACCCAAGUACAGGACCAUUUCAGAGCUGUUGAAAGCCGAAAAGGACCCCCCAGAGUUGUCCCCAGGAAAGCAAGCGAGAAAGCUUGCUGUGGAAAAUGCACUGAAGAAGUUAAAGAAAGGGCCAGACGGGCGGUACAUAAAUGUCUGGGAGGUGAUGAGUGACAUCGAUAUCCUGAUUGGAGCUUUCGAAAACAUCGUUUCAGGGCCAGAGUAUGCAGAGCUUCGAGAAGGCGGGCCUAAGAAGCUAAAUAUGCAAUUCUUCAAGGAUAUACAAGCGCGCAUGAGAGAUCCAAAUUUCAAAUUUUCGCCUGAGUUGAAACUAAAGCCAAAAAGCAAAUUUGUCCCUCGAAAGAAGUGGCAAAAAGCUCAAUCGAGGAGGAGGAAAAACGAAAGACGUUAACAGGAGGUAAUUCUCUAUUUAUUUUGAUCAAGGAGUGGAGGGAACUUUCAGGCAUGAUUUCUGCUCAUGAGAGGAAAGAACACUAUAUGCAUGAAUUGAGAAGGCUAACACUUUUACAAGUCUUUCUCCUUUCUUUGGCAACAUGUCAGUGUAGAAUGCCAUGUAAAAUUUCAAUGGACAAACAUAUGUGCAUUAAUGGUUGAUCGAAUGAUCUCCUGUUACUUUAUUUCUAUUAA